UUUUGGUUGGAUCUAUCAUAGCUCCUCUCAACCAAAAACUUAUUUUUUGUGUUUACCCCCAACAACUAAUAUUACAAAUACAAAGUCCCCAGAAGUUAGAGAGGAGAAUAUUCAGGACUCAUAAUGGCCAAAUUCUUCAUCGUAUUCCUUGCCUCUGCCCUAUGUUUCACCACCCUUCUUCACUUUGCUGCCGCUGAUGCUGACGACUUGGACCGGUUCCACAUCAAAGGAUCCGUCUACUGCGAUACCUGCCGUGUCCAAUUCAUGACCCGCCUCAGUAAAGUCCUCGAAGGGGCAAAGGUAAAGCUUGAGUGCAAGGGUCGUGAGAACCAGACAGUAACACUGACCAAAGAAGCUGUGACCGACAAAGAAGGAAAGUACGAGAUGGUAGUUAUGGGAGACCACGAAGAGGAAGUGUGUGAGAUCAUCCUCGUCGAAUCACCGGACGCAGAGUGCGGCGAGGUGAACAACCAAGAGUUCUUAAGAAACGCAGCCAGGAUCAGUCUUACGGCGAAUGAUGGCAUUGUCUCUAACGAGGUUCGAACCAUUAACCCACUUGGGUUCAUGAGGAAGACUCCUCUCGCUGAUUGUCCUCAGGUUUUCAAGGAGCUCGGAAUCGUCCCUGAUGUCAUCUUCUAAGGUUAUUAUUAUAUAUAUUUUACCCAUAUUACACCGAUCUGUCAACAAUUUUAUUUUUUUGUUAACUCUUUUUCAACCUAUUAUAUAAAAAUUUUCUUUUUUGAAGUUGUCGUCUGAGUUUACUUAUCUAAUGGUGUUUUCUUUUCUUUCCUAUCUUGUGUUUGUGUUCCAACAUUUUUUUGUUGUUGUUAUGCUUCUGUGAGUUAUAUUUUU